AUGCCGGACGCUGUGAAGCGCUUCGUUGGUGUCCUCGCAUGCUGGAUGUACCUUGUGGCAGGUUGGAGCGGAGAUUUGAACGCGCUUUCUGGUCCCCGCGACAUCUCUCUCAGCGAGUUUGAGGUGUGCCGCGCAGAGACGUUGCCCCUGCAAGCGGUGAUCCUUCCGCCCGUGACGUACAACGUAUCCCUCUUGCUAGGCAGCGAUAUCUCGUUCAAUGAGUUCGUCGACGCCAAGCCGAUCAUCUUCAACGCGCUAUCGACGUUGACACAGAAACCGCUACCUACCAUCGAUGUCCUCGCGGUGCACACGUCCGCCGUCAACGCUACAAUGCCGAGUCCACUUGUCGUCGACGUGCAAUUCACGCUGGAUACUGUGUGGCGAUGCAUCUCAGGCACAAGUGCCAACGUCGUCGUGGGGGAGAUCUACGGCGGCGCGUCCGCAGACGACGCGUUGGUUCCAUGUAUUACGUCCUUCCCGGCGUGCUCAGCGUCAUGCCGAGUUGAGCAAGGCAUGCCUGCAUCCGUCGAGGCACAACGCCAGGAGAUUUGGACUGCGCUGCAUUCGACUCUCUUUCAGCCAUCGCUGGGUGCAAACUUGUCCUUGGCGACACUCAAGGAGUCGGUGGUCUUGUUUCCGUCAUCCAAUGCGAGGGACCCCAUUACGAUCGGCACAACGCCUGCAUACUCGUCGCUGCAGCGCCAGCCGUACGUAACCCUGCGUCUGGCGGCAACCUGCCACAUCGACAACCUCACACUUGAUGCGACCACGGCCACCUCCCGGCCAUGCAACGGCAUCGACGCCCAGUUCUUGGCGUUUGCACUUUUCGACACGUUUGAUGGUCACCUGGCCCUGCGGCCACACACGUUUAUCGUUCACGCGCCGGUGUCGAUCCGUUCCGAGGUGUAUCGGAUGGCAUCGUCCGUCUUCGUUGUCGACGUCGCCGCAGCCGUCGACCGCACGCACACGCUUGUCCACCAGUUUCUGCAGCAAUCGAUGGGCCAGCUUCGGUCCCAUCUAUCUCAGUCCAACCCGACGAUGGCCCUGCUCGCGAUGUCCAUCGAUGACGUGACGUCGUGGCAGCCAGUGCCUUUACCGUCGUACUCGAGUUCCAUGCAGUCCUUUCUCAACUUGACCUUGAGCUGCCCGUGGAAUGUGUCGAUGUGGACGAAGGGAAUGCCGCUCGUGAUGCGGGCAUUGCAAUAUGCAUCUCUCCCCGUGGCCAUUCAAACCCAUCCGUCGUCGGGCUUGCCGCUCUACGUCGAGAUUCCCAACUCAACUCUGUCCGCCAACACGACCACGACAAGAACUGUGCUGUUUCCGCUGGUCGCACGGGUCGACGCGGUGACGAGCAUGGGGCUCACGGUCGAAAUGAGCACGCAGCUGGGCCUGGUCGACACUCCAUUGUACUGCAACUUGGCACCACGCAUGUCGCUUCUUCCGCCGAUAGUGCAAACGUCGCCGCCAGUUGUCGCGAUGGUGUACGUGGAGGUGCAAGUGCCGGUGUACAACUCGUUUGUGUCGUAUUGGCUUGGUCGGGCCAUCGUGGCAACAGUCGCGCCGCUCGGGGUCAUGGAGAGCGACGUUCGGGUGCACCACGUCCAAGUCGUAGCGGGGACUGAAGUCCCCACGGUCGAAGUCGCGUUUGAGAUUGCGUGCGCGACCCAGGCUCAAACGAACGGCCUUGGUGUAUUCUUGGGAUCGUCGGCAUGGCCAUUCCACGUCGAUCGGUUCGUUACGCCCAACGUGAAUCAGUCGGCGGUGGUCCAUUUGCGAUGGCAAGCGGCCACGCCGCCACCAACGACCAUGUACCCUGGUGUGUCGUCGCCAGGGCUUCGUCCACCGCUCAUCGGGUGCGAUGCCAUCAUCCACACGACAACGUUUUCUCGACCACCCAAGCGGUACCAGUACUUGGCCCUGCAGUCUCCGUCGUACGGGCCUCCGCCCAACGUGAUGUUUCAAAUCUCGGCGGCGGCCGAGUUUGGCCAGAAUCCAUUCUUUCUCGACAAGAUGUCGUCCCGCAGCGACGUCCGCAUGGCCAUGAACGACGACGCGGUGGCCGCGAUCGUGUCGUCGAGUCAUGUCACUCACUGGACGUUCUAUACACCGCCCGACGUGAUGCUGGACACGCUGCAAGUGUGCCUGUACCUCGAGCAGGUGCAGUCAGUCAGCCCCACCACCGAUGAAAGUCGCGCCGCCGCCGCCGUCGUCGUGUGUGUGGAGAGUGUACAAGGCGCUGCCGUCCACGUUUCGAUUCAAAUCGCGCAACCGCACCGACUGGCAGCGUCGCAUUCGAUCGUCGGCCUCAACGUGGUGGUGUUAACUCUGUCGAACGCCGUAGCCUCGACAGACCCGACGCACGCCCUUGUCCCCGUCCACACGUGGUGUUCGUCGUGCCAGCAGCACUUCGCCGCGUGCCGCGACCAGCCCGUCUGCCGCGAAUUCGUCAUGGGGUGCUUGCCUCGCCAGAUUUGGACCACGACCGCGCUUGGGGCAAAGAUUCCGUGGGGGCGCGCUUACUUUGCGACACUUGCAGAAAACGAGUUCUUGACCCACUUGUCGAUUCUCGACGGCCUCGACGCGUGCUUUCACGAGUCGCUGGCGCAGGCUUCGAAUGCGUCGACGGCGACUCGCUUCCUUGGGAACCAAGCCGCCGACGGUGCAGCGCUGGCCAUGGCCAUGCUCCAUGCGUGGGGCUUGUACAUGCAAGGACUUUCGUGCCUGGCCAUGUUCCAGUGCCCUCUUGGCGUCCAGUCGCUUCCACAAAGUACGCUGACGUACCCGAGCGUUCGCCUCGGGCGCAGCGUGAUUCAAGAUGUCGUUGCCAACGUCCAGCUUCCUACCACGCUGGUGUUUACUUCUGCCGCCACGAACAGGACGCUUGUCUUUGCUUGGUUUUUCGUCCUGACGCAAGAGCUCCUGCGAACGACGCUCUUGGCCGCGUUCUACCCGGGGUUGGACCCGCAGGUCGCGCCGUUUGUCGGCGUGAGUGUGUACACCGCGCCGACGGGCCAAAUCACUCUCUACAUGACGUACACGUUGCUACCAUGCGUGGCGACGCCGCCAACGUUGCAGGAUGCCGAGCGGUCGAUCCCGAUUGAGCCAAGUGCGCUGAUUUUUCCCACCUCGUCGUGGCCGCGAAUGGAAGACACGGACGACACCGGCACGUCCUCUUCACUCGUCGGCGGAUUUGACUACCUGACUUCGUAUGGGGUAUGCCCUGCAUACGACUUGGCGUCGCCGCUCCAAACCACGCCGGACCUGCUCUACUUGAGCUACGUCAACACGACCCUUGAACCCCACGUUCCCCGCCUCAUCCGGUCCUUCUUUUUCGACGAGCUCUCGACGUGCGUGGGGGGCAUGCCAGGCGUAGUCCUCCAACGCGAGAUCGACGCCAUGCUGAACGAUCCCCGGUGCGCCUCUGUGUUUGCAUUUGACUGGCACGCCGUCCAUUGGAACGCCACAACCUCGUCGCCCGACCAGGACGACUACACGACGAAAAUAUGCCCCAUGUAUGCCGCAGGGAGACCGUGCUUUCGCGACACUUUCUUGCCUGCCAUGGACAGACUUCUCAGUCAAUCGGGUGGCUGUUGUGACUCGUUUGUGGCUCAAAUGCAAGCCAACUUUGGUCUGUCGCCGACAGCGUUCGUUGCAACGGCGGUGGCGAAAGCGAUGGACGUGAUGUGCUCUGCGUCGACGUGCACAGGCACGUCGGUGCAAUUGUGCGGCGCUCGCACGUUCCAGCAGCUCACGAGCCCGUGGAUUGAACACGCGUUGAAAGCAUUCCAAGUGCAUGAGGACCAAGCAUGCGCUGCUGCAAUGGGCCAAACGAUCACGACGUUCUCGGGGGUGUCUGGCCCGUUGUACACUGCGUCGUGCCCCCUUGGAGGAUGCAUGCGCCACUGGGAUGCCCUCCUGACUUGGAUCAAGUCGUUCCCGAUCUUGGCGACGUACCCGACAGAUGGGUUUCGUUUGAUCGAUUUGUUCGAGGCACGCGAGGGAGUCGACGGCGCGCUGCUGCUCGGGUUUUGGAACGACAUGCUGGUGCGGUGGCACUCGCACGGCCUCGUGUGGCCGAUCCUCGACGCUUGGACGUCAUCGUUCUACUCGAACCUUGACUACGUGUACACGAAUUGGAUGGCUGGCCACAAGUUUUACGUCGCGACCAACUUUUCCACGUCGUGCGAGGUCGAGCCGACGGCGCCGUGGCACGUGACCGUGGCCGCGUCGCAGUGGCAAUGCGUUCUCUUCCCAGGCAACGCCACGGCAUCGAGCGUUCUGUUGGUGCGCGUCGCGGAUCGCAACACGAUUCAAUGCGUGGCCAACCAAACAGGGCCAGCCAGCCCCACCGCAGUCGCCCCCUGCUCAACGUUUGCCCAUGUCGACGCGUGCUACAGCGCCACGGCCGCAGUCAACCCAACGUCGCUCUACACAUGCUCCGACGCAUCCCUUGUCGAUGCGUCCACGUGGUGCGGGUACACGCGGCGCCUCAUGGACCGCACGUCGUGGCAUUGCGUCGCAUCUCCAACGUCGUCGUCUGAACAAGCGGCGAUCGUCGCGGUCCGGCUGGCCAACGCGACUGGCGACGUCGAGUGUCUCCAAAGUGGCUGGGCCGAAUGCCAGACGUUCCCGUCCGUGGCAGCGUGCGCCGACGCGAUGCAGUUUUACACGCCACGAUCGCUUCAAACGCUUCGGUGUGGCAUCGAUGGUGUCAAAUUCUUCGGACACGCCGGGUAUUUCGACCCCACCCACUGGUGCGCUGUGGCCGCAGCCUACUUUGACCUAACUCCGUCCAUCAUGUGGCCGCCGUGGCGCUGCACGGCCGGUGCUGGCGACGACAUCCUCGUUGCAAGAGUCAACAAGGACAACGACGCGGAAUGCUGGAGCUCCAACAAGUACAAUUGUUUGUGGCUCCCGAACCUGACGGUGUGCGACGCCACGUUGCGCAACCUGACCAAGGCCGCGGCACUGGCGCCGCUCAGCUGCGGCCGCGUCUACAACACGAUGUGGGGCGAACCAGGGUAUUCGAAUCCAGGGCACUGGUGCGCCAAGGUCGCCCGCAUGUGGUCGUUGCAGCACACGCCGACGCCAUUCGUGUGUGCGCCCGUAUCGAACCCACCCGUGGUGGUGUACGCCGUCCGGCGAAACUCCAUGCGCCACGUCGAAUGCUUUCAUGGCAUCGACGUCGAAGGAUGCGCGGCGUUCGCGACCGUCCAAGAGUGCCAGGAUCAAGUCGCGUUGCUUGAGAGCGGUGGAGCCGCGGCGCAGACAACCACGUGCUCGUCGUACUCGAACCUGUCGCAUUGGUGCGUCGCCGCACAGUCCGCGAUCGAUGCGCCGACCUACGUCGACGUCCCGCCAGACCAACUCUUAGUGUUCGACCGCAGUGGGGACGUGGAAUGCGACGAGGGUCUUGCCGCAGCCACACAACGCUUCGACCGACGGCUACGUUGA